CCAUUCACUGAAAAGCAAUUAAUGCGCCAGGCUCACAGCGGGUCUAUUUUUAGCUCGCUGUGGCCUCAGAGGCCUACAUUAUUGUUUGAUCAUUCAAAAGUAUUGAACGCACACACUUUGGCCAAUUAGGGCAGACCCCACUGUGUGUGUCAGAUUAAAACUGAGCAGGUCUGGCGCUCACACACUCGCCAGCUAUUCAGUCUAACUUAUUUACUGGAUUGUUGAUCCAGUCUGGAAAUAAAAGGCCCAAAGAGCGCGUUGCCUAAUUGGGUGAAGGGCUGAGGAAAAUCUGUCUGAUUAGCCUUCUCCAACAGACGGGGAUUAAGCUUUUAGUCUGUAAUUAUUAUAAAGCAUACGUCAGCAGAUAUCCACCCAUUUCAGACAGACGGCGGAGCGGAGGGAUGUCCUGCUAGGUGGCUGCGCUGUCUGUCAGGCCCGCUCAGACGUGGAGACCCUGGAACAGGAGCAGGAACAGGAAUAUCCUCCUGAGUCAGUGCCACGACGCUGACACACCACAGUCCCCGGCAGGGCUGCCUCUGCUCCGAUAAUAAGCAUCCUAUGCUAUUCUGCUCAAGAUGGCGGUGCAGGCAGCGGAAAAGGACGGAAUAGUGUUAAAGAAUGUGGAAGAUGACCACCUGAACGACUCACUGGGGAACCCCGGCCUCAUCUCACCUGACAAGGAGGAUUUGUCGCGUCUUCUGACGGUGCCGUUCAGCGGGCGCAUCCGGGGCGGCAUGCGGCCAGGGAAGAAGAUCAUUGUGAUGGGCAUUGUCGACCUGGAGCCAGAAAGCUUUGACGUGAGUCUGACCUGCGGCCGUGACUCGGAGAAGGAGGAGCCCCCGUAUGACGUGGCCCUGAAACUCACCGCCCGCUUCACUGACCGCCAGUUUCUGCGCUGCGCCCGUGUCUCUGGGAAAUGGGUAGGGGAGGAGGCGUCCACUGCCUACUUUCCCUUCAUCCCCGAUCAGCCUUUUAGGAUUGAGAUCCACUGCGAGCACCAGAGGUUCCGGAUAUUCGUGGACGGACACCAGCUCUUUGACUUUUACCACAAAGUAAAAUCUUUGCCCUCCAUCGACACAGUACGGAUACAAGGAGACCUACAGAUCACCAAGCUCGGUUAACUUCCUGCUCUGCCGGCGCUGCAAGUCGCGUGCGAAGCAAGGACUCGAUCACAGAUGACCACACAUAUGCGCUUGUUCCGUCAUCAUCCAUAACCCAUCAUGCAGCACUGCGGCAGCGUAGGAACUGGAAAAAGGCUCCGGUGGUGACGAGUUCAAGUUCUUCUGCUACAUCUCAUUCUCUUCUCUCCAUUCCUUUCUGUUUAACUGGGAUCUGGUAUGAUGGUGCAUUCAGGUUGAAUGUGUUUGCUCCAUUUUCAGGUUUUUUUCUCUUCGUAGCCCCACUUAAUGUAUGUCAGAUCAGGGAUCUCACGGCUUAUUAAUAGCACAUUCAUUUUUCAUGUAGGAACCUUUAGGGAUGCGGAGGUGGAGGCAGGUGUGGCGUACCUCCAAGGACGGAAAAAUAACUGAUGUUAUUGAGCCUGGUAACUCAGGAAAAAGGAAUAUCUGGCACUAAUUGCUUAUGGAUAAACCUCACCAGAUUUGGCAACUGAUUUUUAAUUCAGCAUAUAAAAAUCUGUAAUCACUUUGGAUGAACUGGAAAAUGUAGUGACAAAUAUGUUGUUACGUCUUGCAGACACGUGAUUUGCUUCAUAUCGCAUAAAACUGGUUUGGAGGAAAAUGUUUGACGCUUUCAGAUUUGAGUUGACUCAGCCCAGCAGGGUGCGUAUUUAUUGUCGCAGUUAUCGUCGAAAACUUAAUCUUCUGACUGCAACAGAGCGCAGCGUUACACCCCAUUUUCUCUGUGGUGAUGUAUCUCCACCUCCUCCCUUGGGUUUAUCCCAGUUGUCACGGCAACCCGCUGCAGUCUCAUCGACCUAAAUACCCAAAAACAAGGAUUGUAUCAUGACAAGAUGUAUUGGAAAGAGUCCCAUCCUGUGCGCUGCCACCACUGCAGCUCAUUUUCCUGAAGAUAGGAAGUCCUGUGUGGUGGACAGGAAGUGCAGGCUGUUUACUGCGGCCAAAUGCUUCUAAAUGAGUCUGAACGUAUGACUCAGCUCUCUGCUGUCAUGCUGUCACACAACAAAUUUUCUCAUGCGAACCUCAUCGGAAUUGUACACUAAACCAAUAUGCAACUUAUUCUCAUAAAAACAACACUUGCUUCAGUACAUAUUUAGAAUAAAACUGUGCUGUCAAAAGCGCGCAGGCGUUGGCUGAACUAGACUCAACACUAGAAAACCUUCAGUCACAUUCGGAAGCAGAAAAAGAUCCUGAUGCUGUUUUGAAUGUAUGGUGUUCAUGUUUCUAUAGUAGCAUAGACGAUAUAGUGAUGCACAGAGUUAUUACUUCAUGUCACUGAUAUGUUUUGUUUUUUUGUUUGUUUGGUGGUACGGCUGGUGCUGAUAUAGUCCUGCAGUAUGACUCGUGUGUUUUGCCGUUUCCUGAGUCGUUCCACAUGAGAUUAUACAGCGGUCACAUCCUUGUUUAAUGCAGAAGUCUUUUUAGAAGUCUAACAAAUACUGUUGUGUCUUCAGUGCAUCACAUGGUUUUGUCCCUAGCUGUUUCGCUCUACAUGUCACUCUACAGGAAGCUAUGAUAAUUACACAGUAAUAAUAGAGGUUACCUUCAAAGUAAAACCCGCAGUAUUAAGAGUAUUAUGUCUCGAGUUGUUCUGUUUACACCUCAUAUGGUAUCGGUUGAAUGCAUGCAGUAGAACUGGGUAAGAACUUCACAGCUUAGACUUCUGGUUGCCACUUUCCACUGUGUAAGAUGCAAGUUCAUCAGUUAAUUAUUGCUAAUUUAGCUCAUAGAUCAGUUUUAAGCCGUUAAUGACAACAACGUUUGGGUCAGCUCUGCAGUUUUAAGUGUUAAUAAACCGGAUGAAGUCUAAGUGGUUUCCUGACACGAUUUCCAAAUGUUGUUCCCAUUCAUGUUUAUGAUUAUAUAAUCUGUAAAACAUCAGUAAUGUAUAAAUUGACCACCCAUGAGCGGUGACUUAUUAUCAAGUUAGAUGACAGUCAAACCAAGUUGGAGAAGCUUUAAAUGCAGUUGUUGGUCGAUCUUCUCACAAGGAUGCACAGAACUCCCAUUGAGAUUCUGGCAUUUUUACACUCGAUCUUAAGCUGAGGAAAGUCUCCCGUCGCCUUUUGCUGCUGUGAUUUUUGGAGUAAGCCAUGACAUCUGUGUGUUGCACUGACUUCACUGCAGGCCACUCUGUAAUUGAUGCUCACACUAAUGUGGCUUCCUUUAGAUUUCCGAACAAAAAGGAAAACCUCCUUCUUUGUCAUCUUAUUGCUGUCUGUGCACAGUGGGCUGCAGCAGUGUGCAGCACUGACCCAAACACAGAGAGGCUGCCUUCCACACAUGCAUGCACUGAGUAUUUAUUAGCUCCUUUCACGUAGCAAUAAGGCCGCUGCUCUGGAGCAGGACUUGUUUUCUCCUGAUCGGUCAGUUCCUCGUUUUCGCUUGGCGAGUGCCGGGUUAUUUCGGACACAAACAGGAAACGAGUACAGUUUGGUAUGAAAGGGCAGCGAAGUGUAGUUUGAAAGGCUGUGAGCCGUGCAAUGCGUCUUUAGCCCAGUGUUACGACAGAACACGUGUACAAACGGUGUUUAAUUGUGUUGACAGGGUGUGUUUGUGUGUUGGAUGCUGUUUCUGUGCUCUUUCUGUCAGUGACCCUGCACUGCAGUUUCACUGUAAUGACAUGUUAGUAUAUACCAUGUGAAGAAUAUGAUCUGAACUCGGCUGUGUGUGUCACGGAAAGUAGUCGUGUGUUGAAAUGUGCUGCAGGUUCACGAUUUGGCUCCUCAGGUGACGCACGCUGAGCCGAGCUGCUGUUACUGGGAAUUACGGGGGAAGGGAGAUGAACAGUUCAAGAUUUCCUGAAUUAAAGGGCUCAAACUCGGGAGCAUUUUGUGCGUGUGUGUGAGAAAGAGAGAGUGUGUGUGUGUUGCUCAACAUAGCACAGUUUAAUUCUGCAUCAGCAAGCUGCUGGCGGGACUCUUGUGGGUUUUCAGCUGUGUGCGCGGUGUGUUUGAGGUUUUCUGCACAGUCGGAUGUGGUGCAGGCACAUGAUGAGGUGAUGGUACUUAAGCUUACUAAUUUGGUACUGUUGCACUUUAACAAAAUGUGUUGUGUCCACUUCACGGUGCUCACAACUCUAUUAACAGUUUAAAACAGUUUGAGUAUGCGUGCUCAGAAAACCUCGACGUGUGUGUUUCUUCCUCCCCAGUUUGUGAUCUCCUAAUGAUCCCGCAUCUUUCUGAUCCCGAGAGAAGAUCAGUUUUUGAUUGUUCUUCAACCUUUUUAAAAAGCAACUGAAAAACUGAAUGUCAUCCUCUUCCUGAUUGUAAUCUGAUGAUUGAAAAAAAAAAAAAAAAAAUACUGGUGGAAAUACUGUUCAUAUUCACCUCUGCUAUUAAGGCUCCACUUUUUGCGUAAAUAGACCGCCUGUUCUCAAGUUAAAAGUGCAGGGCGUCUGAUGUAAGAGGAACAGAUUACUUGACCCUGGUCUGUAUGGAAACCCUGCUUGUGGUCUUCAGAUGUACAUAUUUAUGAACGUGGUUUCAUGGGCUUCGUCUUGACAUGAAGAGCACCAAGCUGAGUUACAAGCAGAAAGCAUUUUGUUGUGCAUGUAAACUAGUACCUGGCAUCUUGUAUACAUAACAUAGAGGUAUUAAAUUGCCAGUUUUUUUUUUGCUUCAGUCAAGCAUGCUUUCUGUUUUCAUUUUUUGUUUUUCAUCUACUUUAUCAGGUGUGUUUCAAGGGCAGAUUCCCCUCCUUGUAGUUUUAUUUUCCUUUGAUGUGUUUUCCCUUUGUAGCCUCCACUUUACUACUAACCAAAUUAUAAUCUUUAAACACUAGGAUGCACAAAGCAAGAAUCUGGACUAAAGUACCCCCCCCCCCCCCCCCCCCCCACACACACACACACACACACACACACACCCCAACCCCCCCAUGACGUUUAACAAGCAGAACAACACAGCGACUUUCUGAAGUGCUAAAACCUACAUGACUUUUGUAAGAACGUUACAUUUCAUCGUGAUGAAAAUGAGUAGAAGUAGGCUGAUCUGUUGCUAACGUAUCGUGUGGUUGUACGAUCAUCGUUAUCAUUUCUAUUUAUUACAGUGUAACCAGCAGGGUUGUGUGUGGUAACGUCAUACUUACUGUAUUGGUAACGUACUAUUUUAUGCUGUUUAUAUGAAGGUAUCUUGAAAAGGUUUUUUUUUAUACAUAUAUAAUGAUAAACGUGAUCUUUUGGUUCUCAGUUCUCUGACGUGUAUAAAUAUGACAUAUUGUACUUUCCUGUAUGACGUGAGGAAAUGCGUGAGACGAAUGUUGUAUCAAAGAUUCUUUUGUUUUAACUGCAAAACAAGGUCAUCCAUCGUUUUGACAAGUGUGAGGACCACCAGGGUGUUGGCUGUUGGGACUGCUGACUGUCACUGACUGUCAGUGGUGAUGACUUUGAGCCUCUGGAAGUCUUCUGUGUCAUCGCGCAUCACAUUGGCCCCCUCUGUUGGCUGUUUGAGCAUCGUUCUGUGGCGAACAGGAAACAGAAGCGCUUCCAGUUACGACAUGUUGCAAAUGCCCAAAAUAUCCCGAGAUGACCCUGAUUUUGUGUCUCAUUGAGAAUGUGCACUGGACCAGUGUUUAGAUUAAGGCAGUGCAUUCUACCAUUGUGUUAGACCUCUCCAAAUGAUCUCCUCUUUUCUCCGUAUGCUUUUGUAAAAACAGCUACUUUGCAAACCAAUAAACUUCUCAUCUUGGAAAUCUUCUUGUGCUCCGACACUCAACAGAUAGCUUCAUUGCUGUUAAAGAUGUGUAUUAGUUUUUAAUGCAGGAAACACUAAAUAAAUUAAUUUCCCCACUCAUA